AUGUUCAUUGAGCCCCUUUCAGGUUACACAGAUGAUCCAGACGACGUCUACCCAGAAGGACUUUUCGACCUUUUCGCCUCCAGCGGCAAUCUAAGCAUUGCUGCAGGCGGCAAUCCAAGCGACGCGGAGGGAAAGCACAAGAUAUUUUUGCUCUUUGCGAUCGUGAGCAAAUGGCUGUUGAGGCCUUCGAGAGAGGAGCCUACAUUAGCGAUCCUGGAAAGCUUGCCAUUAUGGAAAACCCCUAUUGCCGUGCUUCAAGUCCGAAGAACAGACAAGAUGACAGAGGACCCUUACUGGCUGUCUCACGGCCACAAUUACCGAGAGCUAGCAGACUACGGAAGCGCUGUGACGGAGAUCGAGAACGAGGUCGAUUUGAAGUUCGGAGGCGUGUUCGUCCUGAGCGACACUCAGCGAGCUAUCGAUCAGCUGCUGAAAGACAGAAUGGGGAACGGCCUCCGAGAAGAUCUGCCCAUCCUGUACGAUCCGGGAGUCAACAGGAGUGCCAUUGAAACGUACGGCCACGCUUCGAUACCCUCGGUCGAAGUCAAAAAGGACCUCCAGGACCACUUCGUUGCCGAGCUGUACACGGCCGCUUCGAUGGCGGACUAUGCAGUCGGCACCAUCUCGAGUAACAUCUUCAGGUUUCUCGGACAGUGCAUAGCUGCCAGGAAGAGAGUUACGCAGAUCAGCGCGAAGGGUCCGGCCUAUUGGUCUCUUGAUAUCGGCGUAGGAUCACGGAGCGAGGACGAUGCUUGGGAUCCGUAG